AUUUCACAACAAUGUGUUCUUAUCAAAGAUCGUCUAUUAUUCUGUUAAAAGCAGGAUGAGGUUUCACUCCGUUUCUGAGUGUGUUUGGGUUUUUUUUCCUCGCGAAGUGAUGCAUCUCGAUAGUAGAGGAUCUGUGCAGGCUCCAGCAGCUCUGCGGAGAAUGUAGAUGCUCUUCACCACCUCCUCUUCAUCAUCCUCUUCAUUUUUCCCUCCUCACUGAAGCCGAUUAUCUGAACCUCAGGAGCCGCUCCCGAAUCACGCUCACAGCUCAGGUCCAGAACCCGACCCGUUAGCCCGGGAAGUCUUCAAACGUGAUCAGAAGAGCGAUGAUUGGGUCCCGGACUGAGGGGUUUCCAGCGCGUACUCAUCAUGUCUGAGAUCCAGCAGACGGCUCCGUACGAACCGCGUCGGUACAGCCUGAUCUGCACCUCUCCGCCCACCGCCGGCACCGAGCCGUGCCCCGGCCCGGCCCACCGCAGCCGAACCCCCCGCAGGAAGUGGCAGGUGUUCCCGGGGAGGAACCGGUUCUACUGCGAUGGUAGGAUCAUGAUGGCGAGGCAGACCGGUGUGUUCUAUCUGACCCUGGUCCUGAUCCUGCUCACCUGCGGCCUCUUCUUCACCUUCGACUGUCCCUUCCUGGCGUCCCACCUGACUCCGGCCAUCCCGGUGGUCGGCGCCGUGCUCUUCGUCUUCGUCAUGGGGAUGCUGUUCAGGGCGAGCUUCAGCGACCCCGGCGUCCUGCCGCGGGCCACACCGGACGAGGCCGCCGACCUGGAGAGGCAGAUUGACUCGGGCUGUUCGAAGCCCCCCCCUCGCAUCAGAGAGGUUCUGAUCAACGGACAGACGGUGAAACUGAAAUACUGCUUCACCUGUAAGAUCUUCAGACCGCCGCGAGCCUCGCACUGCAGCCUCUGUGACAACUGUGUGGAGCGGUUCGACCAUCACUGCCCCUGGGUGGGAAACUGCGUUGGACGGAGGAACUACCGCUUCUUUUACCUCUUCAUCCUCUCCCUGUCCUUCCUCACCAUCUUCAUCUUUGCCUUCGUCAUCACACACGUCAUCCUCAGAUCAAACCGAGCUGGUUUCCUGAGCGCGCUGAAAGACAGUCCUGCCAGCGUUCUGGAGGUGGUGGUUUGUUUCUUCUCGGUCUGGUCCAUCGCUGGUCUGUCAGGGUUCCACACCUACCUGAUCAGCUCCAACCAGACCACCAACGAGGACAUCAAAGGAACCUGGUCCACCAAGCGGGGCAAGGAGAACUACAACCCCUACAGCUACGGGAACAUCUUGACCAACUGCUGCGCCGCGCUGUGUGGACCCCUACCCCCCAGUUUGAUUGACAGGAGGGGUCUGAUCCGAGCCGACACCCCACAGCUGGUCCCCCAGUCCAACGAGACCGGAUCCAGUCUCUACACCUCGACUCAGCUCCACAGUCACAUGUGCGAUCAGGAUCAGUGCAUCCAGAGCACUAAGUUGGUCCUGCAGGCCGCGGCCACACCGCUGCUGCACAGCGACCCGGUGGUCCUGGCCCCGCUGCCAGGUAAGACUACCACACCUGGGGGUCCCUGCCCAUACCUGGCCCCCGCGCAGCCGUCCCUGCCGUCCUGCGCCGGAGACGUCCUGACCCUGAGGGACGCCGCCGUGGACUCCCACUGCCACCAUCACCUCCACCUGCACCACCACCACCACCAUCAUCUUCAUCACUUCGUCAGCCCGGAGGAGACGCCCUGCGGCACGCCGCAGGGUGCCCUGCCGUGCCCCGCCCACCUGCACCUGCAGACCCCGCCCCUCCUGUACGACCCCGUCACUCAGGACGCCCUGCACGAGGACUCUGUCCGAGGUCUGGUGAAGCUCAGCUCCGUCUGAACGGCGAAGGAUCAGGAUCAGAUCUGGACUGAAAAAUGUCCUCCUGUCGGCUCAACGACACCAUGUCCCCUGAGUGUCCCCUGAGUGUCCUCUGAGUGUCCUCUGAGUGUCCUCUGAGUGUCCUCUGAAUGUCCUCUGAGUGUCCUCUGAGUGUCCUCAGACACCACAGAGACAAAAACUUUGAGUUUAAGUUGUAAACCUGGACUGUAAAUGUGUCUGUGGAAAGAUGUCAAACACAAUAAACACAACAGGACUUUCACUCCCUGCGGGCCCACCUCCUGCAGGAGGGACCACAUGGGUCGGGUCCAUGGCACCGUGGCUGGAGGCGGGGACUGUGGCACUCAGACCCUGGUUUUUGGGACACAAAGUGUCUCCUCUCUCUGUACAAACAGGACCAGAGGGGUUGAUUUUACUAACAGGAAGUUGUUCUUCAGGACUCUUUAUCCAGAGGAACCAGCUGAGGACGUCCUCCUUCUGAGGAUGUGGGCGGAGUUCUGAGGAGGAGACCUCAGGGCAGACCCCCAGUUCUGGCAACACAGAGUCCUCCCAGAGGAGCGAGAUGAUCCGUCCUCGUCUUGUUCCUAACCUUCAACCCAAACUCUAAACAGCUGCCAGAAUCAAACCCACAACCAGCUGCUGCUCUGAAUGUCUGAACCUUCAGAGAACUUUACUGAACUAAUGUUUCCUUCUCACUGCCUGGAGAUCAAAGGAUCUUCUGUUUACACUUUCACCGUUUCUGUGCCUGACAGCUCUGACUGGUCUGAAACAUUUCCUCACGUUUCUUCACGAUUCAUGACAUCAGAACCAAAGCUGGACCCUCCUCGUGUUCCUCAGUGAUGAAGAUAAACUGCUGAUUGAAUCCAGAACCAACGUUUUGUCUUCAGCUGCACAAAAACCAACCCCUGACCUGAUUGACACUGCCACGCCUCCAGC